AUGAAUAGAAGCGCUGAGAACCUCCCAUGGAUUGAGAAGUACAGGCCCCAGACCUUGGACGAUGUUUAUGGCCAAAGAGAGAUUGUUGGCACGGUCCGCAAGUUUGUGAAGGAAGGAAGGCUGCCACAUUUAUUAUUCUACGGCCCUCCAGGAACGGGUAAAACGUCGAUGAUCGUGGCGUUGUCCCGUGAAAUUUACGGAACUAACUACCGGAAUAUGGUCCUUGAGUUGAACGCGUCCGAUGAUAGAGGUAUUGAUGUUGUGAGAAACCAGAUCAAAGAAUUCGCGUCUACACGCCAAAUAUUCUCCAAAGGCUUCAAGCUGAUUAUCCUGGAUGAGGCGGAUGCGAUGACCAACGCAGCACAGAAUGCCCUGAGAAGAAUCAUAGAAAAGUAUACAAAGAAUACCAGAUUCUGCAUUUUGGCCAAUUACGCACACAAGUUGACACCAGCGCUCCUUAGUCGAUGCACUAGGUUCAGGUUCCAGCCGCUUCCUACCGACGCUAUCGAAAAGCGCGUCAACAAGGUUCUCAUCUUGGAGAAUCUGAAACUUUCUCGCGAAGCAUUCACAGCCCUGCUAAGGCUUUCCAAGGGCGAUAUGAGAAGAGCGCUGAACGUUUUGCAAGCAAGCAAGGCCACUUUGGACGAUCCAGACGCCGAGGUCACAGAAGAUACCAUCUACGAGUGCAUAGGCGCACCACACCCACAAGACAUUGAGACAGCACUUGAGUCGAUGCUCAAAGACGACUGGAGUACUGCUUUCUUCACCGUAAAUAAAAUCCGCACCCUCAAAGGUCUGGCUCUGAUCGACCUCGUCGAGGGUAUAGUUGAGACCUUGGAGGGGUAUGAGUUGAAGCCAGAGACAAGGGUAGAGCUGCUUUGCAAGCUCUCGGAUAUUGAGUAUGCUAUGUCGAAGGGUGGUAACGAUAAAGUUCAAAGCAGCGCUGUCAUCGGUGUUGUCAAAUCUAGUUUCGAAUUAGAGGCGUAA